AUGGGAAAUGAGAUGGGGAACUACAACACAUCAGGUUUGAGAGGAAAGUUUUCUAAGAGUAAAGGCAUAGAGGUUUUUGGAAAUGAUGUAAAAGAUACAAUAUUCCUGUUGAAGUAUUUAAGCAACUUAAUUUACCUCCUGAGACACACAAAUCACUCUGUGAUAAUAAAGGAGAUAUUGGUAGGAAAAGACGACCUUGGGAGAUUGUACCUGUUGGUCACAAGAUUGGGAAACCAGAGCCAUUGUUCAAGGAAUAUUGAUGAAGAAGUGGAGUCCUUAAGGAAGAAGUUUGCUGGAAGUCAAGCCGAUAGGAAGGAGGAGAGGGAAGAAGCUGAAGCAGUGAAGGUGGCUGCACAACUCAAGAAAACGAAAGUUUCAGGCUUGCUGGGAGCAGGUUUGUCAACACACGAGCAGAUGGAUGAAGUCAGGCAUGAGUGA